AUGCCCUGGGCAUUCUUCAGGAGGAAACCUGUUUGCAUUGAUGUGCGGGACGAGCAGCGGAAGGAGCAGACGGAGCUGGCGGGUGCUAUCCCAGUUCGCUCGUCAGAGCACACGGACGAGGCAGUAGCACAGGAGGAAAAGGAACCUGGUCUGUUCUCCCUGCUUCCCAUGGAUCUAGCGGACAAGGUCCUUGUGCUGCUAGACGGGCACGCUCUUGCUCGGGUCUGCUGCUGCAACACCCUCUUCGCGCAGCACAUCCACUGCCAGCAUCCGGCAUGGCGAGUGCUGCAGCAAGAGAGGUACGCUGAGAGCGCUAACGACAGGCAGAGGUACCUUGAGGUCGCCAGGGAUCGAUGCAGUCUGUGCGGGCUGCCAGACGACGUCCAGAAGGAGCUUCAGGCCUCCAAGAAAUAUUUCUGCAGCACCUGCACCUUCAGACAUGCUGAUAGGAUCCGGGAGAUGGAGAAAUUCGACAAGCAUCUUCACAGGAAGGCCAUCGAGCUUGACACGUCGAUCCGAAGGCGGAAUCUCAACCCCUUGCUGAAAUCUGACACGCUCAAGGACCUGUUCGCAGCGAAGCCCCUGGCCCCACCCAAGCUGCUCUUCUCAACCAAGUUUCAUGGACACUCUUUGAGCCGAUUCUUCAGUUCGACCUCGGGGAUGAGCAACACUCUCCUGAUGAUCGAGACGUACGACGGAGAACAACUGGGAUCCUUCACCCGAGAGGCUUGGAAGAACAUGGGGGAACGACCGUUCGGAUCCGACAAGAGCUUCCUCUUCCGUUGCAGGCCCUCCUUCCAAUGCUUCUCGGGGCAGCCAGGGCAUUCAGGGUAUCAGUUCGCAUGCAAGGAUGGGAUCGCCUGUGGGGGAAGCAACUGCUCUCGCCUAUCCGGCAUCUUCGUCGACUGCAGUCUAACCCGGGGUUCCUCCUUGCCCUCCAUGCAGUUCAGGAACCCCAACCUUGCUAGCACGCCUAUGUUCGAGAUCAAACACCUGGAGGUCUGGAAAGUCUUCUCGGUGGAGGAGGAGCGGCUCUACGCAGACCUCUCGGAUGAUGAUGAUCCUUUCGACCUCCUUGGUGCAGGCAAGCAUGACUCUUGA